UUUGAUAUGUAUUUAAUUUAUGUCCAGUAAACGAAUACUUAAAGAAUUUCGAGGAUGGCAAGCGGUAGAAAUAAUGACCAUUUCUGCCCCCAGGAUCAUCCAGUCAGAAGUGCUCCUCCGAAGUACCACCACCAGUGUGCCAUGACAGGCCAAGAUACCAAUUAUGAAAGAGGCUGUGACCUGAAAAAACGGAAACUAUAUGAUCAAGCUCUUAAAGCAUUUUUCGAGUGUAUAGAAAACGAAAAUGUUAGUUCGUCGAUGUUAUACCUUUAUUGGCUGUCAGAACUAGUUGAAAAGUGCAAAGAGGAAGUUAUGAACACUCUAGAAUUCCCAGAUCUCAAGGAAAUUUCCCCUGAUGUAACACUUUCAAUUCAUCCUUCCUUUUGGAAAAGAACAAUUCUUGAACUUCAGGAUUCAAAUCGUUGGAGAGUGAUAUUUUUCCUAUUAAAUGGGGGUGGAAAUAAGUUUGUGUAUGGCAUGGGUGGUCUUGCCACAGGCUGCAGUGUAUAUCAAGUUUCAAUUUUAAGGUGUCUAAAAUCAGGAACUAAGAAUGUGGAGAAGAUUGAAGUUGUCAAAGCUCUACUGAAGAAUGGAGCAAACCCAAAUGGAUUACUAGGUGAAGAUGAAUCUCCGGUUAAAUAUUGUCUUCGAGUCCCGAAAUAUGAACACUAUCUGAUUAUUACUGCAUUGAUAAGAAAUGAAGCAAGACCAGAAGAUCUGAUUGAAGUUCGUGGUGAUAGUCCUUUACACUCUGGUCUUAGAAUAUGUUUGAAAUAUAAAGAUAAGAAAAUGGAUCUUCUGAAUGUCCUCUUGGAUAAAUACAGUAAAACAAUGAAUUACCGCUAUCUGGAUCCAACAUCUACAAAUACGCACGACGCCGAUUCACUGUUUCAUAUUGCACUUAAUGAGAGCGAUGGUGUUGUUUCUUUGGAGGCUGUGAAGUUCCUAUCUAGAAACAAAGUGAACCCGUACCUGAAAAAUAAGGCUGGUAAAAUACCAAUCACACAAAUUAAAAGAAGCGACCGAAGAUAUCAAUUCCUGGAGGAGGCAGCACGGUACUAUCCACACAGUGCACUUGUAAAUGUUUCUCCGUUAGAACCUCCGGAUUCAAUACAGAAAUUUAAACAUGAUAAAAGAGAAACAUCCCUAUGGCAUGCUAGAGGCACAUAUGGAUUGAGAGCAAACAUUGCUAGACUAAUUAACGAUGUUCUACCAGUAAUCAGGCAAAAUUCAAAACACUCUACGAGACAACAGAGUGAGAUGGAAGACGAUGACGAAAGUAGAAAAGCUGAAAAGAAACGGAGAAGUGGAGAGCCUCUGGAUUUACAAGAAACAGAUUCUACCAUUUUUGACAAUCUACCAUGGGAAAUUGAAUGUACUGAAAAAGUUUGGAAAUUCCUGAGAAACAGGCAUGUUCCAGAAAAAAUUAAGAAGGCAGUGAUCAACAAGAUACGCCGUCUUGGGGAAGGAAACUGGUCAAAAAGCCUUGCAAUACCAGUCUCAUGUAAAACAGUUGAUCACAAGAUAUACAUGGCAAAAGUAACCAGUGGAGGAAGAAUCCUCUGGCAGAAGGCUAUUGUUUUUUCGCCGGAACACAGUGUUGUUCAUUCGGAAGGAAGACUAACAGGGGUAGCGAGUGGCCGUAUUUACACUGAUGCCAUUCGUGUAUGGAAUGUGGUUCUCGACAAUGAUAACGUACAGCGAGAAAUUCAACUGAUUGUGAAAUCUGUUGAUCGUGGCCAUACAUGUAUUAUCCAGAAGAAACUGAAAUGCAUCAAGGACAAAUCAAUUGGACAAGAGACGCAAAGUGUGUACGAAGAAGAUAUUUCCGAAGAUGAAUCGGAAAUGCCAAGCAAAAAACCAUAUUUUUUCCCUCCAGCAAAUUCAAACGAAUUGGAAUACAAUGUAGUGAAGUUCUACAGCUUUAGUGCAAGUCUUGUAAAUAAAAUCUUCCAAGACAGCAGAACACGAGUCGAUUUCCCAUUCCGUGUAACAGAGAAAGAACAUGCCAUCAUUCACAUUAACCCACAGCCACCAUGUUCUAUUUUACUUCUUGGACGCAGUGGUACAGGAAAGACAACAUGUUGUCUUUACCGACUUUGGUCAUCCUUUGUGGCAUAUUGGAACAACGCUGCAGGUGAUGGUAAUCCACGGAUUCCACGUGAUUUGAUUCUCCAUCAUUCAAAAGAAUCCGCAUAUAAGACAUUAUUAGAAGGCAAAACCAAUAAGUCAGCGAUGAUGCAUACUGAUGUUUUUGAAGGAGCUGCGUCAAAUCAAGAUGGUACUGAGAACAAAAACGAAGUCUAUGAUCACCUUCAUCAGCUAUUCAUCACCAAAAACCGAGUCUUGUGUAGUGAAGUGCGGAAGAAUUUCCGUGAAUUUGCACAUGGUUGUAAUGUGGCAUCUCACUACAUAAAAGCUGAAAAUCAACAGCAUCCACAUCGUCUUCAAGACGCUCCUACAGCAGCCUUCCCAUACUUUCUCAACUCCAAAGAAUUUUUGUUAAUGCUUGAUGCGUCUCUACCGGGCAGACCCUUCUUCGAACGCAAGCCUGACGGCUCACUUAAAAAGAACAUACGAGGAUGGCAAGGGGACGAUGAUCAGCAACUACCUCUUGCAAUGAUACAGGACGACUCGGAUAGUGAUGAUGAAGAUAGCGAAGAGGAUAUAAGAGAAUUUGAUCCUGAUAUUGAGGAGAAAGUACAAAGAGAAAAGGCCAAGUAUGAUGUCCGACGUGAAGUAACUUAUGAGGUGUUCGCAAGUCAUUUUUGGACAAAGAUCAACAAGAAAAGAUUGAACUAUCAUCCAACCUUGGUAUGGAUAGAAUUCAGAUCUUUCAUUAAAGGCUCAAUAGAAGCGCUACACACAGUGAAUGGAAUGCUGAAUUUAGAAGACUACCAGAAAAUAGGCAAGAAGAGGGCAACAAAUUUUACUGGUGAUCGAAGUGAGGUUUUUGAGCUUUUCAAAAACUACGAACAUAUGAAGAGGCAACACAUGUACUUUGAUGAGGCUGAUGUGGUAUUCAACAUCUACAGACGGCUGCAGGAUGUGGAGGUACCAGAUUGGGCAAUUCACCAGAUUUAUGUUGAUGAAACACAAGACUUCACCCAAGCCGAGCUUGCCUUGCUAAUCCGAUGCUGUAGCGAUCCGAAUGCACUCUUUCUAACUGGGGAUACAGCUCAAAGUAUUAUGCGCGGUAUUGCCUUCCGAUUUGAGGAUAUCAAAUCUCUCUUCCACUACGCUAGAAGUUCUAUGAAGACAUUAGGUAAACGCCCUUAUGUGACAGUGCCUAAGACGAUUUAUCAACUGACCCAUAACUACAGAUCUCAUGCUGGAAUCUUGGAGUUGGCAGCUAGCGUAGUGGAUCUCCUCGUUUUUUUCUUUCCGAAUUCUUUUGAUCAACUUAAGCGUGAUCAAGGACUUUUUAAUGGACCUAAACCAAUAUUACUGGAUUCUUGUAGCAUCAGGGAUUUAGCUGUGAUUCUUCGUGGAAACAAACGGACGACAACAAAAAUAGAGUUCGGAGCUAACCAGGUUGUUCUUGUUGCAAACGAGCAGACGAAAGAACAGUUACCAAAGGAACUUAAGCAAGCAUUGUGCCUGACAAUAUUUGAGGCCAAGGGACUAGAAUUUGAUGACGUCAUGAUCUAUAAUUUCUUCACCGAUUCACCGAGCAAAGUCUUUGUAACCUCUAAUGCUAGGUUGAAAGCUAAGCAAGUAAAGGUUUACGGAGCAGAACGUAGUAUAUCAGAGCAACAAUCCUCCAAAUCUACAUUCAAAACUGAACAUAUUCCAAGUGUAGGCAUAUAUGGAGAAAAAUAUGGCAUAUUAUUAGAUCAAGGUCAAUCCUGUGAUGCUACAUUCAAAACUAACAAAUGUGUAAGUGUAGGCCUACAGGAGACAGAGCGUGAUAUAUCAAGACAGAGUCAAUCUACAAAUAGGCCUAUGGCAAGGGCAUAUGGAGCACAACAUAGCAAAUCAGAUCAAAGUCAAUCCUCAGAUCCUACAUUCAUUUCAUAUUCGUCGAAAGAAGAUUUUGAAAAACGAGGGGACUACUUUUCUAAUAAUGGUGUUUGGGAGCUUGCUGUCGAUUGCUACAUACGAGCAGGAAAUAAUAAAAAAGCAUGGAAGGCUAAAGCAAAUUAUAGUGCAAACGAAGCAGUGAAAUUGAAAGGAAAAAAUGAGAUAAAGAAGAACGAAUGGAUUUUGGACGCGGCCUUCAGUUUUAUGCAUUGCGGUAUGUACAAUGAGGCGGCCCGGUGCCUCUUUAGUGCAAAGGAAUAUGAAUACUCCGCUCAGCUGUUUGAAAAAAUUGGUGAUGUUGUUGGAGCUGCCAAGAUCUAUGAUAAGCGAUUGAAAAUUAAGGACUUUUACGACGAUGCCAGUCGCUGCCACGAAAAGUGCGGCAACUACGCAAAGGCAGUAGAGGUCUUGAAAGAUCAUAAAGAAUAUGACAAGGCUGCUGACGUCAUUGAACGUUUUGAACAAUUGCUCGACAGUGCAGAAUUGCCUGAGAAUUUCGAAGAACCACCAGAUAUUUUCGAUACAUGUUGUCGCCAAGCAGCCGAGCAUCACUACCAACAUCAAUCCUAUAACGAAAUGUUAGCUGCAUUGGACCGAUUACCUAAUGUAGAUGAUCGAAUAACUUUUCUGAAACUUCAUAAACAGCACCUCUAUGCUGCCGAAAUCCUUAAAAGUAAAGGUAGGCUAACAGAAGCUGCAGAAUGUCACCUCAAGUUAGGAAAACAGAAAUUACGACAACUAGGAGUUUUUGGAGCUCAUGACAACGUUAACCCAAAUUACGAUUUCCGUUUUAAAUUACCUUGGAAUACGCCGAGAGAUGUUUCAUCUUUAAAAACUGAAGAACAAUAUGAUCUAGAACGAAAGGCACUUGAAGAAGAUAUCAAGAAACAGGCAAAGGAGUCACUGAGGCUAUUGAGCAUGAGCACAGAUCUACAGGAACGACUUUUUGGAGACUAUAAUUUUAUUCUUGCAAAGCUGAAUAAGAAUGUUUACGCACUGAAUGAUGCACAGCGGUACUUUCAUGAGGCCAACAGCGACGCUGGUCAAAUGGAGUGCAUUCAUUUGCGUAUAAGACUACAAGAUUCCGUGCCUAUCAGUAACAUAAUUAACUACCUUUCAAAAUUGCAUGACUUCAUUCAAGUCCUAAAACACUAUGAUGGCUCUAAAAAACAAACGAUAGUUGUCAAGUCAGCUGAGUACUUCUAUGACAUAGAUCUUGGAGCUAGUACUCAAGCCGAAGUGAAACAAAGUAGAGAUCAAUUUGAACACGCUCGUAUUAAAGUGGUGAGUAAUCAUUGUUUACCAAAGGCUGUGAUAUGGUUCAAGUUGGUUAAAGAAAAACUUGAAAAAAUCGAAAUGAAGACAAAGCAAUGGAAUUUAUACGCUGUUGGUAUUAGACCUUGCACUAAACAAGACAUUUUAAAGCUAGUGGAUUGUUACUUGUCAAUGAUCAGGCUUGUACACUGUGCAACAAAAUGGAAACCACUCAUUUUUGGUGAUUCAGGCACGGAAUUGCAAUCCGUAACAGAUGCAAUUAUCGAGUGGAAAUUCCAACCUUGCUCUAAAUUGUAUGAUCUCAUUUUCCCAUAUCAUUGUAAUCGACAUAUUUUGACAGAAAAUCAGGGAGUUAUCGAAGAUCUUUUAACAUUAGUUCGGCGAUCACCUGAAGUAAAGCUGAAAAUGACUGCCUGGGUUUUUAAUCUUUGUAAAUGUUUGGAUACCAAAGAAAAUAAAUAUGAUUCUAAUGUAUAUCUAAAGACUUUAAACGUCCACCGUCUGGUUAAUGAGGACCCACAUGUGACAAAGCAAUGGAAAACCUGGGGGAUGUCGUAUGAAUGCUGCCGUAUGGCUAACAACUUCAUGGACAAGGUUCUUGAGUACACUAAUAACCUUUAUGUUCGUGGUGACACAAUUGAAGCAAUAACCAGCUGCAUUACAUUUUUGGUAUUCAUUACUAAACAGCCUUCCAUACCGUUACUGCCAUCUAUUGCCAAUAUAUUAGCAAUAAUAGAACACGCUUUUUCAGUCGCAUGUGCAGUUACUGCUAAAACUCAACAGUGUGAAGUUUUUCUACCUGCCAGCUACCUUGGUCAGAUACAGUUUCAAGAUGAGCUAUGUAGAGCACCCAACCGCAAAUUCAAUUUUUACCAAGCACUGGAUUUGACAGACCACUCCAAACGUAAUCAGUUACUUGGACAAGUUCAAAACUUUGUGGAGAUGAUGGCUUAUGGUGGUGAGUUCCCUGGAUUCAAAAUCAUCUCAGACGCCUUUAAUUCAACAAAAUGCAUUGAGUCUGGUGAAGCACAGCGAAGUCUUAUCCUUGCGCUUGUAAUGUUGUGUAAUUAUAGAACUUUGUUAAGUAAUGAAAGCGCGUUUAAUCUCAGAUGCCAAAUAUUAACUAUUCAAACUGACCAACACUAUCCACCCAGACUAGCCAAAGCUGUGAAAGAUGUUAAAAAUGCAAAGACAUUGGAAGAUAUAUUAAAUGUUCUCCAAGAGCUUCUGUUGCAACGAGAAAAUGAGUCCCUGCUGACGUGUCUCUGGAGUUCACAGAGAUCUAAUAGAUACCACAAGUUGAACUAUAAGAAAGUAGUUCCAAAACAUUACAUGGAUUAUACAAUAAGUAGCCUAGCGGGUAUGCAUCCAGUUGUAAUAUCUGACCAUUGGCUAGUCGUUUAUAUGGAGGACUUAUCUCACAUUGAAGACCACUGGUGUGCAUUAUGUGAGAAAGAAUUGCAUCAUGAAGAAGAUGAGAAAGACCAAACACAGAUGCCGUCGGAUUCCUCUAAAGGUGAUGAACCAACUAACCUACAUAAUCCAAUGGAACAGCACGUCUUGUCGGAUGAACAUACUGAAAAUCAAAAAUUGUUUGAAGACUUCAAGCUAGAAAUUACAAACACAUUACCAGUCUUUGAAGAAACCUAUUUGCUGUAUAGAUGUCUACAAAAUUGUAGUCAUGAAGAUAAGGAUGUUUACUUUUCUCGCGUUAGAGAGGACCAAUGCCAAUUCGAGGAGACUGUCGAGGAGGUCAUGGAAGAACGUAGAUGGAAGGAGUUUGGAAAAAUAUACUUUGCUUGGUGGUCAUUUGAUAUGAGUGUUCGGGAUCUAAUGGAACAUUUCAAGCAACUAUAA